CCCUCCCCGCGCGAGCUCCACCCAGGUCGCAGGCAGCGCGGUCGGCGGCGCCUAUUUCCCGCCAUUGUGCGAAGUGGAGGCUGGGGGCUCCGCACGCGGCGCCUGCCAGUAGCCGGCAGCUCCUCGGCUGCUGCUGCCACAGCCGCUGUUCUCUGAGGCGCCGGGAGGCCGAGCGGCCGGUGCCGCGAGGCUCACCCUGCGUGGGAGGGCGCGGGCGAGGAGCGGCCGAGCCCCCGAGGAGGAGCCGCGGCGCGGGACGCCGGGCCGCGCCGGCUCCGGCCCGUCGGCGAGAUGCCCUGUGGGGAGGAUUGGCUCAGCCACCCGCUGGGGAUCGUGCAGGGCUUCUUCGCUCAAAAUGGAGUUAAUCCUGACUGGGAGAAGAAAGUAAUUGAAUAUUUUAAGGAAAAGCUGAAGGAAAAUAAUGCUCCUAAAUGGGUACCAUCAUUGAAUGAAGUUCCCCUUCAUUAUUUGAAACCUAAUAGUUUUGUGAAGUUUCGUUGCAUGAUUCAGGAUAUGUUUGACCCUGAAUUUUACAUGGGAGUGUAUGAAACUGUUAACCGAAACACAAAAGCACGUGUUCUUCAUUUUGGAAAAUAUAGAGAUGUAGCAGAGUGUGGGCCUCAGCAAGAAGUGGAUUUAAACUCUCCACGAACUACCACUUUGGAAAGGCAGACUUUCUACUGUGUUCCAGUGCCUGGAGAAUCUACGUGGGUAAAAGAAGCCUAUGUUAAUGCAAACCAAGCUCGAGUCAGCCCUUCAACAUCCUACACUCCUAGUCGUCACAAGAGGAGUUACGAAGAUGAUGAAGAUAUGGACCUACAGCCCAAUAAACAGAAAGACCAGCAUACGGGUGCCAGACAAGCAGGGAGCGUUGGUGGUCUUCAGUGGUGUGGAGAGCCAAAACGUUUAGAAACUGAAGCUUCUUCUGGACAACAGCCGAACUCCCUGAACCUCUCUUCUCCUUUUGAUCUGAAUUUUCCACUGCCAGGAGAGAAAGGUCCUGCAUGUCUCGUGAAGGUCUAUGAAGACUGGGAUUGUUUUAAAGUGAAUGAUGUUCUUGAAUUGUAUGGCAUACUGUCUGUGGAUCCUGUGCUCAGCGUACUGAAUAAUGAUGAAAGGGAUGCCUCUUCGUUGCUGGACCCGAUGGAGUGUGCAGACACAGCUGAAGAGCAGAGGGUGCACAGUCCUCCCGCCUCCUUAGUGCCAAGGAUCCAUGUGGUUUUAGCCCAGAAGUUGCAGCACAUCAACCCCUUACUGCCUGCCUGCCUCAGCAAGGAGGAGAGCAAAACCUUUGUUUCCAGUUUCAUGUCUGAAUUGUCUCCAGUCAGAGCAGAACUGCUUGGGUUCCUCACUCAUGCCCUUUUGGGAGACAGUUUGGCUGCUGAAUACCUUAUAUUACAUCUCAUCUCUACUGUGUAUACAAGAAGAGAUGUUCUUCCCCUAGGAAAAUUUACGGUUAACUUGAGUGGUUGUCCGCGGAAUAGUACCUUCACAGAACACUUGUAUCGAAUUAUUCAACAUCUGGUUCCAGCAUCUUUUCGUCUGCAGAUGACUAUAGAGAACAUGAACCACUUGAAAUUCAUUCCCCACAAAGACUACACAGCCAAUCGCUUGGUCAGCGGGCUUCUCCAGCUGCCCAGCAACACGUCUCUGGUAAUUGACGAAACCCUCCUGGAACAGGGGCAGCUCGACACGCCAGGUGUUCAUAAUGUGACUGCCCUGAGCAACCUAAUAACUUGGCAGAAGGUGGAUUAUGACUUCAGCUACCACCAGAUGGAAUUCCCCUGCAACAUUAAUGUUUUUAUUACUUCAGAAGGGAGAUCACUCCUGCCGGCAGAUUGCCAGGUCCACUUACAGCCUCAGCUGAUCCCACCAAACAUGGAGGAGUACAUGAACAGCCUCCUCUCGGCCGUGCUGCCCUCCGUGCUGAAUAAAUUCCGCAUUUAUCUGACCCUUUUGAGGUUUCUGGAUUACAGCAUAUCUGAUGAAAUAACCAAGGCAGUCGAAGACGACUUUGUGGAAAUGCGCAAGAACGAUCCUCAGAGCAUCACCGCUGACGACCUCCACCAGUUGCUCAUCGUAGCUCGGUUUCUGUCUCUCAGUGCUGGUCAGACAACGCUUUCAAGAGAACGAUGGCUAAGAGCAAAGCAGCUAGAAUCUUCAAGAAGAGCCAGGCUUCAGCAGCAGAAAUGUGUAAAUGGAAAUGAACUUUAAAGAUCUGAUGCUUAUGAAAGAGUAAUGGGCAGGUUGUAGCCACAUUAUUGUAAAAUUCUAAUAACAUUUAUACCACAUUAUUUUGUAGAUAAUUUGUAUCAAAAAUCAAUGACUUUUCCUGAAAUCACGCCUGGUAACAUCUGAAGUUUAUAUAACAUUCAGUAAGGGCUUUUACCUUACUGAUUUUAUGGAGCUUUUGAAGUUUGUUUUAUAAUUAUAUAAAUUAGUAAUGGUGUACAAAAAUGUAUUUGAUAUUAAAAGUUUAAUAUUGAUAAUGUUGCCGAUUAUACCAUUUCCUGAGCUUCAGCUAAGUCAUAGGCCAGACUUUGUUGAAAUGUUAACGUCAGCUUCAUUUGAAGAAAACUGUUGCAAUUCCAAAGUCAAAGGAAUUGUUGGCUUCAGAUUUUUAUGUCUUUCCAGUGAACAGUGGGUCUGAAUGUGUCCAGUGGUCCACGUUUGGGGAAUGGAGCACACUUGCCCUUAAUUCGCAUAAUUUUGUGAAAUUCUCUAGUAUCAUUUCCCAAACAUCUGACCACGGCUUUUUUCCAUUUAACAGUUUCUAACAACAUGCAAAACUAGUCUUUUACAUGGCAGUGGUUCCCAGACUUUUGGGUUUCAUGGACCAGCAAUAGUUGCAAAAAUUGUGGGGAUUUGACAGGUUUGCCAACUUAUUUUGCCAAGUAAUCUGAAAUCGAUCACUGUAUUAUCACUUUUUUUUUUUUUCCCUUAAAAAGACAAUCUCAGACCAAGAGAGAGUUCUCUAAGUGGAAUAAAUGUAGCUUUUUGAAAAAAACACUACAUUGUCCUUAUUUUUCUCAUUUCACCCCGGUGCAUAUGUAUGGGAACCACUGUUUUAUGGGACUCAUUUAAGGGAAUGCUGCCUGCACUAUGCAGUUGUUUUGCCCAAAUAGUUACCUUUUAAAAAAUGCCUUCUUUAGGAAAAAAAUUGGUUUUUAAUUUUCCUAAUAUCAUUUAGUUACUUUGAUUACAUUGGAUUUUGAACUUUUAUGUUUAUCAGUUUGCUCCAGAUGUGUUAGAACAACUAACAUCUGCUAGUCCAGGAAUAAAAGUAGGUAGGUUUCCCCCAACCAGUUUGUUUUAACAUAAGUUUUUAAAGGAACAAAACUAUUACCCAUAGCUAGAAAGCAAAGUAAUAGAGUAGAGUGGUGUAAUGGUGACAUCAAGAAUCUUUAGAGAGGUUAGAACAUUACUUUUUUAAGCUAUCACUGGUUAUAUAUAAGGUUUAGGUUUUUUUCAGUCAGUAACUUAGUUGGAAGCAUUAGCAUUUGGUUAAAUGAUUACUUAAAUCCUGCACAUGAGCGCUUGCACACACACACCCUGCCCCUGGGCCCAAAUUAACAUUGCUAACCAAGAAAAGAGAAUCAGCCUGCCUUGAAAAUGGAGGAAUUUAUUAUGCCUGAACUGAAGUGAAAAUUACUAGUUUACCUUUUCUUAAACUCAGAUCUAUUUUUAUAAACUAAUGUAAAUAAUCUGUUUAUAUUUAGAAUUCUAACUGGCUUUCAUUUUUUAUAAUUGGUAGAUUAGACCUUCCUUAAACUUUUAGAACUAAAACAAAGGCGCACCUGGAUUUGUGAGAAUUAAAGUCAACAGAGUAGAUUAGUUACUGUGUUUAUUGUGCCAAUGUGAACUGUAAUUUACCAAAGAGAAGUACAUAAUUUGCUUGGUCUUACAGAAAAGUUCCCUUGAAAAGGAAAACCUUUCAAAUAAAUAAAACUUCCAAAUUACUAGUACUCUGGGCUGUUUUUCAUGAAUUGCAAGACUUACCCCAUGGGAUCUUCUGGGUGGAAAAAGAUCUUGUAUCCUCUUGGUGGACAACCAUUAUUAUGGGAGGUGGUACCGGGGGGUCCUCCCUCUGAAGUCUCACUCAGGUAGGAGGAGAUUGGUACUCUGGGCUUCAGAAACUUUUCUCCACAGACAAUGAAAAGUAUGUUGAUCUAAUGCAGUGUUAAUCCUAUUUGAGUCACCAGGAAACUGAACAGACACCUGUAUUAUUCUUACUGGAAUUAGAACAUCAAUCAGCUUAAUUUUAGUUUUCAAAAAUCUCUUUGGGACUAAUUUCUUUGCAACUUGAAACAUUUUUAUCACAGGACCUUUUUCUCUCAUGUUGUCAGACACCUAAUAGUUUCAAGAAAAGGUGGUGAGAGAAUAAAGCAUUCAGUUUCAAUGUUUGGUUCUUAAAAUCUGAUGGUUUGUGACCCAUUGCAUUAUUUACUUUUAAAGUCACAAAAACAAAAGAGUAAAGUAUUUAGAAAGGCUGGGAAUGUUCAGUUACAGCAAACUUACCUUGCUUCUGAAAUCUUUAGUCUGAUUUAAAGAUUCAUGCCCUUAUCUUUAAAAUGUCAUUCAAAAAUUCUCAUACACAUUGUCACCUUAAAUUAUAUUUUAUUUUAAAUAGUCACAAGAUUUGACACUUCAAAAAAAAGAUAACACUAAUAAAUAACAAAAGUGGAAAUAUUUAUCAAAGUUACAACACACAUAAUGUCUAGCUGAGAAUCACUUCAACAGAGUAAGCCUCUAAAGAUACCAGACAAACCAAUACUUGUUUGGAAUAAAGUGUGCAACUUUCUUAUCAUGUGGGCUUACAGACGAGGCCCUGGUUCCAUGUGGUCAAGGUUACAGUCAUAAAACCAGUUUUAGCAAAAUCAUGCUUCUGACUAAAUUUUCAGUAGUUGUGACAGUCUAUUACAAGAUGUUAUGGACUGCUCCCUGCAAAAAAUUACAAUUUGAAGACUUUGCGCAAGCAUUCCAGUAUCUAGUAAGGGUACAUUCUUAACAUUUCCGAAAAUAGAGCAAAAUUAAAUUUCAUAGGUACUGGUAUUUGUAUUGGCUAGCUCAGGUUUUAUGACUGACAAGUCUUAAUGUUCCUAGACUUUUGAGUAUACAAGGUGUCAGUGUUUUUAAGUCAAAUAUGGGGAAAAUUAGGAUCAAACUGUCAUAAUUUUUGACUCAACUAACUCUUAAUAGGGAAUGGUUAAGCCAUCAACUAAAUCAAUAGUUUUUAUACUAAAAUACUUCUCCAAACUAGUAACACUUUUAAAGUCACUAAAAACUAAGUACUUUGUAGAGUUAACACACAGAAAUGAACUGACAAACAGAA